AUGGACGUAUACGAUAUAUAUUCAACAUUUUGGAUACAAAUUGUUCGCAAUGGCAAAGCUAAACAAGUAACAGAAGGUUUGAAAGUAUGUCGCACUGAUAGUGAAAUUAUUGCCUAUAUACGCCAAUUGUUAGAUGAUUCAGGUUUACUGAAACAGAUUCAAUUUAAACCAGAUGCAAAAAACGAAACUAAAGCAAUAGAAUGUCGAAAGCUUGGUAACAAGUAUUUUCAUCCGAGCAUUAAAAAGUACAUCGCUGCGAUUGAAGGUUACAACGAAAGCAUCGCAUUGUCAAAUGUGGGUUCAGAGAACUUGGCCAUAGCUUAUGCUAACCGUUCAGCGAUUUGCUUUGAAUUAAAGGAGUAUUACAACUGCUUGGAAAAUAUUCGGUUGGCCCUGGAGAAUCCAUAUCCAGAACGCUUGAUACCAAAAUUGUUGCAGAGAAAGCAGAGCUGCUUAGAGAUGAUUAACAAUAAUCAUCGUCCCACACAUUCCGACAUGAUUUUGUGCGAACCAAAAUUAUGCAGCAAACCAAAUCCCAAAAUACCAUUUAUCUCUGAUUGCUUGGAAUUGAAGAAAAACGACAUUUUUGGUCGACACUUGGUGACGAAUAUAAAGUUAACCCCAGGAGAUUUUGUCGCAAUCGAAAAAUCAUUUUCCAAAAUGCUGUUACCAAACCUUCGCUACAUGAACUGCGAUUAUUGUCUUGAAGAUAAAUUUCUCAUUUUAAUACCAUGCCAUCAUUGUUCGAUUACGAUGUUUUGUUCGGAGAUGUGUCAGCAAAAAGCGUACCAAAGCUACCAUCGUAUAGAAUGUUCAGUAAAUAAAUAUUUGCAAAAUUUAUUCACAAAAGUAAUCCUUAUGGCCCUCAGAACUACUACUAUAACCAUAAGUAGUUUUGAUUAUGAUCUGAGCAAUUUGUUGCAACAUGUGCAAACACUCGAAGGAUCGUCCCUGAACCCAUUUGACAUAGAUUGGACAAACACAGAUUCUAGAGAAGUGUACAGCACGGUUCACAUGUUUGCUACCAAUCAAACCCAACGAAGCGCUAGUGAUUUGGUUCAGCGAUCUAUCUUCUGUAUUGUCAUGAGCGAAACGUUGUUAAACAAUACUCCGUUGAUAAGUCUUUGUGGAAGUAAUGAAUCCUACCGUGACCUUAUUCGAGUUCUCGUGUUUCGUCAUUCCCAAACUUCUCCUGUUAGUAUGCACACAAUGUCUUGUAUAAAUUAUUUCCCGAAUGAAAUAGAGCAAUUUAAAGAUUGUCAACUUGCAUGCGCUUCAUUUCCAAUACAAAGUUUGAUCAAUCACUCGUGUGAGCCGAAUAUACAACGAAUUACCAUUCCGAAUGGACGAAUUGCAAUGAUAGUUCUACGGCCGAUUGAAAAAGGCGGUCAACUAUUCGACAAUUAUGGGUAUCAUCACUGCCUCGAAACAUUAUCUCAGCGAAAAGUUGGGCUUUGGGAGCAAUAUCAAUUAUUAUGUCGUUGCAAAGCAUGUAAUAAGGACUAUCCUCUGUACUACGACUUAAAACAUAUAAAACUUCCGCUCUGUUACAAGUACAGUAUAGCUGAAAACUUCCAGGCUUUCAUGAACCACGAUGCAGCUUGGGCCCGAAAAAUCUUUGCCAAAUGUUGCAAAAUUUUAAAGGAUUUCGACUGUCAGUAUCCAAGCUACGAGCUAAGCUCUGUACAAGAAGAUUUUUUGCGUUGCCUGCAUAUAAUUUAUUCUGCUCAUUCGCAAAUUUUUAAAUAUCAAGGACUAUGUUGCUUUUAA